AUGAUGCGCGAGACCCUUCAGCUAACCGUCCGCGGCACUGACCGUGCCAUCGUUGACCCUCUUCGCAGGAGAGAGGAUGAGCUGGUCAAACGGCUGAACAGAUCCAUCAAUGACGUAGCUAGGGAGCUAGAGAAUGCUGAGCCUAGCACGAGACUUCUAGACCGAGUCGUUUCCGCAGCACGAGUUCUGCCUAGCGGCGACAUCCUCAUCCAGGUAGAUGAUAUCAAAGACUACGAAGACCUCAUCAAGGCUGCCCCCGCCGGAUUUUCCGACACCUGGUGCCAGGUGCUCGGCGAGAACGCGGGACUGAAAAGACAAACCUACGCCGUGGUGGUCCACGGCGUGACUUGUCGAUUCUCUCCCUCCGCCACAGACGCGAGGAGGCAGCUGAAAGCCGAGAACGUCAAACGAAUAUCUACUGCUGCCGAGAUCGUAUACAUGGACUGGCUGAUGACCAAGAGGAAAAUGGAAGAAACGAGGCCAGAGUCCACGAAGCUCCUGAUCGAGUUCGCCGACCCAUACGCUGCCAACCAGGCCAUUUUACGUGGUCUGGCGAUCUACGGAAGGAACCACGACUGCCAGUUCUUCGACGGCAGUCACCGCCUCCAGCAAUGCUACCGCUGCCAGAUGUACGGACACAUAGCCCGAAAUUGCAAGCGAGACGAUCACUGCGCCUACUGCGCAGGGGAUCAUGAUUCCAAGGAGUGCCCAUAUGCGCACGACCGCCGCAAGGCCAAGUGCGCUGAGUGUGUCAGGCACAAGAAACCCGAUCUCAGUCACUUUGCCUUUGAUCGGGGAUGCCCUAUUCGGGGCGAAGAGCUGGCAAAGAUCCAGCUCAACAGACGCCAGGGCCCGCAGCUACACCCGGAACGAUAUAGCGAGCCCGCCACGCCGCCAUCCAGCGAAGAAGAUCACCCUACACCCUACGAAACAGUCCAGGCGGAUGCAAGGGCUGCUGAAGCCAGAGCUGCGAAGGCCGCGAAGAAGAAGUCAUCAAGCCGCUCCCGCUCCCGGAUGAAAAAGCGGCGCGUUGUCGAGUCUGGCGAGGACAGUCAAGAAGAGAUAGAAGAGGACCUUCGCGCCCUAUCAAGCUAUGGCGCCCAACCAGUGGACUCCGUGAACGACGUCGUGGUCAUCGACUCGCCCACAGAAACCGGCCAUCUGGAGAGCCCUGCACAUAUAGAAAUACAGCACCGAGGACGCAGUGAGAGCCAUGACGAGCUUCAGGACGGAACUAGCGAGGAAGCUCCCCCCGCGCGCUCCACGCGUCGACAAACACGGAAGGCUCUCCUUGAAAGACCCACUCAAUGUUAA